AUGUCAAACCAACCAAACAUACAGGUAAUUGUCAAAAAAACCAAAGUUAUAAUCGACAUUUUCAAGCAUAUUCGCUUCGGCUUACUAUUUGGACCGCUUCUCACAGCUUUCAUCAUGUUCUACACACUGCCAGUUUUGUUAGGUUUAUAGUUGCUUAUCUCCACAACGGAUUUCGUAAUUUAGGAAUCAUCAUGAACACGAUAGCGAUGAUUUUGGUGGUUUCCUGUCUGUUGGGGAUCCUUGAGGCUCAUUUUAGCGGAAUAUUCAAUGUGGGAGUUUUUAUUGUACGUCCACUUUGAAAAAAAUUUCAAGAUUUUAUCGUCUAUGGCUCUUCUCUUGUUCAUAACAUUAUCAAAACCGCCGUUGAAUCAAGAAGGUUUAUCUGAGGAAUCGAUUCCAAAAUGUAAAAAAAAAGAUUAAGGUCCCAUGAUUGUCACGAUCCUCGCAGCGAACGCCUUUUUUGUUGGCUGCGGAAUCGUCACCUACACAGUCGCCGCUUUGCGAUGGUUUUUCGGAGAGGAUGUCAAUAAAACGAGAAGCGAAAAAAAUUUUUCUUGA